UGAGAGUCUCCCAUCCUGCUUCUAAUUACUCACCUGUGAGUAUACACUCACCAACUCUCUUGUUCGCAUCAAAAACUACUUGUAAGUUCCUACAGAGUGGGGGAAAUACAGGGCGGUAUUAUAUGUCCAGAGAUUCCCCGCUACUAACGUCCAAACCAAUCCGCCUCGACUGCUCGCCAAACCACGACACGACUAGGGAACAAGCAGCUCCCGCUUCUUCUUCUUCUUCUUCCUCAGUCAUGACGCUGGAAAGCUCAGAAAUAGACGGACUACCCUACUACAAUGUCAUCGAGCUCAUCUUCAGCGAACAUAACACCGACGCCAAGCUGAAUGUUUUAUGUAACGACACACGACUCCACAUCUACUUAUUUGAGGAAAAUUUUACCGACUCGCCCCAGCUGAAAGAGAAGUAUUUCUUCUACCUCCAAGUAGCAGAGGAAUUUGAAUUAGAUGGUGUAACAGUUGAGGACUUCUACGACUGGAUCACGGAGCCAUUCUUACCCCUGCUCCGUAGUAUACUACCUCCGGACCAAUACAAGACGCCGACUCUUCAAGAUUUCUUUUACCCCAAAAUACUGACCUACACGUUAAAAGGAGUAGCUUCAGGGGAGCGGUUCCCAUCCCUUUAUGAAGUUUAUGGUCAAGAUAAACUGAGUAUGGAACUCGGCAUUCGCCUCCUCAAUGAGCUUUCCGCGCCCUGGCCACGAUUCCGCCCAUCCGAGAUCGAGAUAUGCGCCAGGAGCCCUAGCGCAGCACUCUCUGGUACGCCCAGGAAGGUGAAAUUAGCGGGAGGGUCCGAAGUCUUCUUCCUCAAGCUCCUUUAUGUUGGGGAUCAACACCGAGCCGCACUGGAGUUCGGAAAUUACAAGAGGAUCGUCGAUCUAGGGCUGGAAAAAGAGGGCUUGCGGAUAUCCCACCUCUUGGGCUUAUUACAAGACGAUAGUGGCUUUCUGUUAGGAUUUCUACAUCCGUAUAUUGGUUGCCGUGCUCUGAACUUGAUGUGUGCUGUGAAGCCGGGUUUACAGGACGAUUUACGACGGAGAUGGGCCGGCCAAGUUAUGUCCACAGUGCAUCGCCUUCACACAGCUGGCACUCUCUGGGGUAAUGCCAAGGCGGAGAACGUAUUGGUCGAUAUAUACGACAACGCCUGGGUGGCCGACUUUGGCGGAGGCUAUACGGAAGAAUGGGUGGACAAGGAAAUGGCUGGCACGGUGGAAGGCGACCUACAGGGUUUGGCAAAUAUACUGGAGCAUCUGGGCGUAUCGAAAGAAUUCGCUGCGGCAAUUUGACCAGAAAACGAUGAAUUAUAUCGGGCAGUUUCAGGGAUUCAAACAGAGGACGAUUCUGUGUAUCGUUAUUCGGGAUAACUGCCGAGCUCUCGGAAGCAUGUACUUAAAUCCUACAAUUAAUAGUGAUUCAAC